CCUCUUUCCUCCUCCCUCCCCCCUUCUCUGCUGCUCCUCUCCCUAACCCGCCUUGCCAGAUGUCGACGAAGACGUCUCCGAUGGUGAAGUCCACCGGCGCGGGCCUAUCGCCGGAUGAAAAUAUCUGGCAGGCUCUACUGGAGGAUGUGACUGCCGCGCGCGCCGUCGAGACUCGCAACAUCCUGGUUCUCGGCGAUCGCAAGGCCGGUAAAUCCACCUUCCUCCGGAACUUGGCCCUCGCAUGUCAGGGGACAGUCAAGCACCCGCGCGAUGCGCUGAUCUCGGCCGACUCCAGCGAGCUGGCCCUUUCUUACCACUACAUCAACGUCCGCGAGGAGAACGGCGAUGACGUCGUCGGGCGCUUGGGCGUCUGGCAGCUUGAAGGGGCUACCUCCUUCGGGCCGCUGCUGCGCUUCGCUCUGACCCGAGAUAUGGUCGAGCGCACGGCCAUCGUCAUUGCUUUGGACAUGUCGUCUCCGGCCACGCUGGAGAGCGCUCUCCAACAGUGGCUGGAUUUGCUGACCACCACGGUCCAGGAGCUCGGCCUGCCGAAGGACACCAUUGGCAGCCCCGCCUCCCGGGCAUCGCUCAUGGUGGUGGUUCUCAAAGCCGACGCCAUUGCUGGCUUCAUUCAGCGCCGUGAGCUCCGCCAGGCUGAGUUUGACUUCAUUCAGCAGCGCUUGCGUCUGCUGUGUCUGAAAUUUGGUGCUUCUCUGGUCUAUGUCUCGUCGGCGCAGCAAUCCAAUCUGGCUCUCUUCAAGCACUCGGUUUUGAGUAAGCUGUUUGGGUCGACCGGGGCCGAGGCCUCGGCGGCUGCGGCGGCCGUCCUGGCCGACACCCCUGCCGCCCCGUCCGAAGACGGCGUGGCCCUCACCCUCGCCAGCCACGGUCUGACGGCCGGGUCCUUCCUGCCGGUGAACUUCGGCGUGCCGACCAGCUCUCUGGAGCUCAUUUCCAUGCCGAAUUUGUCGCGCGAUACGGUGUACAUCCCGGCCGGCUGGGACUCCGCCGCCAAGAUCGCCCUCCUGAGCGAGGGCCUGGACCCGAAGCACCCGGCCGCCAACUAUCAGGAAGCGGACUUUGCCCAGGUGGUCGGGCAUGUCAAGGGCCCGGGCGGGGUGGCCGUCGGGCCCUUGGCCGCCGGGAGCGCCAGCGCCCUGGACCCGGCCGAUGUGCCGCUCGACAUUGACAUUCCCUCGACGCAGGAAUUUUAUGCCUUCCUUUCGAACCAAGUCCCAGCCCCCUCGGCCAAUGUGGUGGACUUCUCGCACCCCGGCAGCCAGGGACCCGACGGCGGGGCAGACGUGGCGGACCCGCUUGCCGGGGGGUUUGCCAGUCCGGCACGCCCGUCCCAUGUCUCCCCCUCGGCCAUGCUGGCGGCCACGCCCGGCGCCGACCCCCUGGUCGGGGAUGCCGCGGCUGCGGACGAAAUGGCCAACCCGGAUGGUGCCCGGUCUCCGGGGAUCCGCCGGCCCGCGCCGCCGCGGUCCACCACCGACCCCGCCAGCCCGGCCCCGGACUCCACCUUCUCCGGAUCCCAGGCCGCCAGCCCUCUGUCAAACAAGAACCUCGGCAACUUCUUCAAGGGUCUCCUCAACACCUCGACCUCCGGGAACAAGCCCUUUGGUCGGUGAGCCGGCGCACAGCCGUGCGCGAUGUCGGCCUGGACACCUCAGAUGUCGACCGGAGUCUUCUUCUUUUUUUUUUUUUUUGCUCCGCUUGCGCCCUGUAUCAUCCUCUCCUCCCGCCCUGGGGGGGCCUCCCCGGCCAAAGGUUGGGAAUAUAUACACACGCCAAGUGCCCCUGCCCGGUGUCUCGACAAGCGCACAUUCAGGCAACCGCCUGGCGGAUGCAAAUGGAGGCUCGUGUCUGA